ACUCUAUUGGCAAAACCUAUUCGUUCACCAAAAGUGUAACGUGAAAAAAAGUUUACCAGCCACUCCUUAGGGGACGUGACAAGUCCCCACCCCACCUCACCCUUGGGAAGUGCGGUUUAUUGGCUUUGCUCGGGUGUGGUCGUAUCUCGUUUAGCUACCAGAAACAUGGCGUCGAGUGAAGAAGGUUCAACGCAUACACGGACAAUACAGAAGCGAGCGAAGAAAACACAAGAUCAAGCCUGUCAGUUCGAUGCAUCUCUGCUAGAAGAAAGGGGAACCUGUGAGGCUUGCAACCAAAUUUCAGGUUCUGCUAAUUGUCUCUCUCAACCUCAUGUCAUCCAGCUUGACCCAGAAGGACACAUUGAACGAACAACAGUUAUUCGAGUUGUUACUACAGAUGAUGAUGAGUACAAGCGUGCUCUUUGUAAUAAGGUUACAGAAGCUUCUCCAGGAAGAUAUGGAGGAAGAUGUAAUGGCACUGAUAACGCGCCAACAGUCAUUGUGUCUCCAGGGGAUCAUCUAAAAGAAUAUAUGAUAGCAGAUGAAUAUGAUGACAGAACACACUCUCCUCCUCCAGUUCUUUUUGAUGAGACUGAACCAAACGUAAGCAGUGCAAGGGAGACUCGCAAAGCUGAUAAAACAGAUCAUAUGAAAAGGAGAAGAAUCCACAAAUGUGAUUAUGAAGGAUGCUCCAAAGUUUACACCAAAAGCUCACAUCUCAAGGCUCAUAGGCGCACCCACACCGGAGAGAAACCUUACAAAUGUUCCUGGGAAGGUUGCGCAUGGCGCUUUGCUCGCUCAGAUGAACUUACAAGACACUACAGAAAACAUACUGGUGCAAAGCCAUUUAAAUGUGCGCACUGUGACAGGUGCUUUUCAAGAUCAGAUCACUUGUCACUUCACAUGAAGCGCCACUAAAUUAGUGUGCAAAAAGGCUCUGCAGGGAAUGACAUUUUACCAGUGAACACUGCCAAGAAAGCCAGCCUAUUUUGUAGAAUGGAGCCUUUUCUUCCUGGAGCCACAAGGAAGAAGGAUGCUGUUGAUACAUCCAGUUUUUAGUUGUUCUUUUGUCACUGUGUACAGCUGGAGCAACACAUGUCAAAUUUGUAAAUAUAGAAUUCUAUCCUCUGUGAUACUAAGUGCUUCCUGUAGAUGUGGAACCCUGUGGCAUCAAGAGAAUGGUUACAAAGCUGAAGCAGUGGUGGAUUCCUACUUCAGUUGUGUAAACCUGCAAUUCAUGCUAGUAUGGCUGUGUUAUUAUUGCCAUAAAUUUGCCAUGAUGAUAGCAAGCUGAAGGUUAUCCUGCAACUGAGUUAUCUCGUGACAUGUUGUAUCACUUCAUUUGGCUAUAUAUUGGAGCAUUUGGAAAGUCCUCUACACCUAUCCAGAAUUCAAGCUAAAUGUCAUCUUUAAAAUGGAUGGAUGGAGUGGCACAUUGUUACUACACUUCAGUAUGUUUUUAUUGUGGAUUGAAGCUCUUCAAAAGCCCUCUGCACUUUUCAAGUUUUCUCUACUGUUUGUCUUAAAGGUUAACGGUGCAUUCUUUCCUGCAAAGAAAUCUUUAGAGUCUACGCUGUAUACAUUGGUAAAGUAUUCUAAUGAAUUUGUUUUUCUGAUCAAUCCUAGCAACUAGGACAACCUUAAGUAUUGGUGCCAAUUAAUUAUAUUUAGUGGAAGCAAUGUCACCACGGAAAAAUUAUGUAGAAAACAUCUCUUCACAAAGAUAACUUAAGGGUUCAUACUCCUCGUGAUGUUAGCAAAAUGUACAUAGUAAUUAUUAUGAAAUUUUAAAUUAUAAGUUUAGUUAUCAGUGUAACUAUUUUUUUGUUAUGCGUAAGUCUGUGUUGAAUUGAUAGUUUUCAACCUAUUUUAGUUUUAAACUUUUUUGAUGAAAAGUUUAACUUCAAUAACUUUUCGAGGCAUAAUAUGGUACUUUGAAACCCUCUUGCAAAGAUAAUUGGACAGUGGUGUUUCAUUUAUGGAAUAAUUCAAAGAAUGUGUGUUUUUAUAAUACUGUACUCACUCACACACACCCCAGGUUGAUAUAGAACUUUGUAGCAUGAAAAUUUUGAGGGUUUUAAUUUUGCAGAUAUUGCAAAUAGUCUUCUCUCUUCAAAAGACCAAAAAAAAAAUUUCUGCAGAAAAAUCCCACAAAAAUUUACAACCUUCAGUCAAUUAAAAAACUCAUUGAAUACUUCACAUGAAUCAAUUAUCAUUAUCCAUAAGCUGUAUUUGGGCAGGUCUACUCACCAUGCUCAUCUUAAAACCGUUUUGGAGUUGGGGAGGGGAAGCAAAUAUCACUCGAAAUCAUUCCUUGUCAGUGUUAAGCAUUUGAAGAGAAAACUGCUAAGGUAGUUCCUAGCAUAAAUUAUGGUCAUUUUAAAUCAAUUAAAUGUAAUUUGUUCCUGUAAUAGUAAUUAUUUCCCACCAUCUCCUACAUGCAAAGUACACUCCAGCAAAGUUUUCAUGCUACAAGAGAGUUGACUGGGCAGGUUUGCUUGUUUCCUUUUAGGGAUUUGUGAAUAUGAAUGAUUGUACAUACAUACAACUUACAGCAGUGAUAUGUAAAGAAGUGGAAUCUUGGGAAAACUUUUGAAUUAUCAUCUUCAAUCAGUUGUUAUGUUUGAGAAGUAUCAGCAAGUUUGCAUUAGUUUGGGCAAGGAAAGAACAGGGGGUGGUGAUAGUAGAAUGUCUGUCUUUCUGUGUGGUUAGUAAAGGUAGCUUAGAGGUUUCUCCUUCUUCAGUGGUUUAGUAGGUUGGUCAAUGCUGUCCUUCAACUCCCAGAAGUGAUUAACAUGUAACUUCUCCCUAUAAUAUCCAUACAUUAAUAUAUACUAAAACAGUGGAU